AUGACCCAAGGAUCCUACCGAGAGUUUGAGGCGUCCGUCAAACACCGAGGUCAAUUGCCCAAAGCUGUCCAUGCCUGUGGCCGGACGUAUCCUUGCAAGGGAGCGAAUCAAUCCAGGCAUUAUGCUCCAAAGUCAUACGAGUCUGUCACACACAAGAUGGCGAGCAACGUGCCUUCCGGUACCUUCACAAAGGCCAAGGUUCUCGUGAUAUGUCUGGCGAGGCAGUCCAAUUGCUCAGAGACGAAGCACCUCUGGACUGUAUCGACAGCGCCCGGCUAUGCCGUGUCCACAAUCACCCAUCACGCUGAACCCUGCACGCUGCGAGACAUCACCAAAGCCGCACAGGAAGCCCACUUUGGUAAUCUGGGCGCGGUCUGGCGAGGAGGAACAUUAUAG